AUGGAGAGGAAGGAGACGGCGCCCAGGCUUCCCCGAGGGACGUCGCCUCGCGGCCUCCUGGACAUCUCCCCAGAGGAGGGACCUGUCCUGUGCCCCAUCUGUGGGUCCCAGAGCCAGCAGGGUGCUGAGCAGGGCAGACUGGGUUUGGGGCUUGCCGACCAGACAUGGACACUGCCCUUGUGGCACCGCCGUGUGCCAGUGGAGCGGGACCGCACCCUGGGCCACCAGGAGCCCCAGUGGAAGGAGUUCCGCUUUGACCUGACCCAGAUCCCGGCGGGGGAGGCCGUCACGGCCGCGGAGUUCCGGAUUUACAAGCUGCCCAGUACCCACCUGCUCAACUGGACCCUCCACGUCAGCAUGUUCGAGGUGGUCCUGCAGCAGUCCAACAGAGUGGUGGAGAUUGAAGAAAUUGUGGACCUGGGGUCGUUUGCCCCAGAGGACAUCCAUGUUCCUAACAUUUACUUAGAUCGAGGAAUACAGGGGGGAAAAUAUGAGAAAAGAAAUGAGCGUUUAACGAUCUGGAAAGAGGAUGAUGAAACAUGCAAGUCUGCAGAUAAUAUAAAGACAAGGAUCAUCAAGUGGGCAGCUCUUGAAUUUGAGGACAGCCUGUAUGCCAAUUUGGGCAUAGGAAUCCCUCUUCUGGCCACCAACAUCAGCCCCAGUAUAACCGUUCAUCUUCACAGUGAAAGUGGAAUCUUGGACUUGGGUCUGUUUCCACUGAAAGAGGAGGUGGAUGCAGAUCUCAACAAUGCGGGCAAGCAAACAGUCACCCUUCUUCCUGGGGGCUGUUUUUUCUCCAGCGAUGAAUCAUUUGCCAUGAUUCCAAGGGGACACAUCGACCUAACCUUGCUGGGAGCCAUGCAGGUUUCCAAACAUGGUGACCUGGCUAACUGGAUGAUACCUGGCAAGAAGGUGAAAGGAAUGGGGGGUGCGAUGGCUCUGGUGUCCAGUACCAAGACCAGAGUGAUGGUCACCAUGGAACACUGCACCAAGGCUAAUGAACCCAAAAUUUUGGAGAAAUGCACCAUGCCGCUGAAUGGAAAGCGGUGUGUGGACUGAAUCAUCACCGAGAAGGCCGUGUUUGACAAGCACAGGAAGAGAGGACUGGGCUUCCCUGGACUGACCCUGAUCGAGCUCUGGGGUGACCUGAUGGCAGAGGACGUCGAAAAGAGCACGGGGUGCACCGUUGCCAUCUCCCCGAAUCUCAGACCCAUGCAGCAGGUCGAAACCUAG